CGACCAUUUCUCUCGUUUCUUAGCUACAUCAAGCCCUUUUUGCUCUCUUUUCUGCCUCGAAAGCUCAGCAAUAUUUUUGGAAAAUUUCGGCCAUGAUGACAGAGAAAAAGGAACAAUUAGUAGAUAUUGUUGUGCAACCAAGUCUGCCAACCUCAGAUCGUUUUUUGCGGGAUGAAUUUCUUCCCACAUCCAAGACAGAUUUGGAACUUGACAGGAAAAAAAGAGAUGACUGCCGGGCCUUGUGUCUAGCUACACUUAAGGGUAACUGGGAAAUUGCAAGAAGCUUCUUGGAUAACGAUCGUGGCAUGCUUCAUGCUAGAUUAACAAAAGGGCAGGACACAGUGCUUCACAUAGCCGUUACUGCCAAGAACAAAAAUUUUAUAAAAGCACUGGUGGAAUAUGUGACUGUGGAAGAACUUGCUAUUGAAAAUAUAAAUAAAGACACAGGCCUUAGUAUUGCUGCUGUAUCUGGAGAGGUUGAUAUUGCAGAGUUAAUGAUAGCAAAAAAUAAUACACUCACAAUGAUCCGUGGUACUAGGCAAUUGAUACCGUUUGGCAUGGCAGCUGAAGCUGGACACAAUGAAAUGGCAGGAUAUCUCUACUCAAAAACUGAGUUUGACCGCCUAGAUUGUUGUGAACGCAUUAAGCUAUUUUUUAUUAUCCUUAACAGCGAUCUGUACGAUAUAGCAUUGGAUAUACUGGAAAAAUAUCCAACAAUGGCUUAUGCACGAGACGAGAAUAAUGAUGGGAAAACAGCUUUGCAUGUGCUGGCUCAAAAGGCCCCAGACAUUUCAAGCAGCAGUUGGCUAAGGAUCAAGGCAAAAGACACCAGCUUAAAGUUCCAAGGCUUCUAUAAGGAAGGAUCAAUGCCAAUAUCGGCUCGUAAAUUACUUGAAAUGAUUUGGAAGCAAGUUCUGGAGCGAUCAGAUGAGGAAAUUUCAAACCUAAUACGGAAGCCUUCAGGAGUACUUUUUGAUGCUGCAAUGUCAGGAAAUGUUGAGUUUUUAGCUUUGCUUCUUUGCAAGUAUCCUGAUCUUUUAUGGGAACUUAAUGACAAAGCGCAAAGCGUAUUUCAUGUUGCUGUUUUGCAUCGUCAAGUACACGUGUUCAAUUUAAUAGAAAACAUAGCAGCAGUUAAGGAUUACAUAGUAGGAAAUAUUGAUGAUGACAAAAACAACAUGCUGCACUUAGCUGGAAAGUUGCCACCAGUGGAAAGACUUGGUGCCCCACGAGCAAACCUUCAGAUGCAACGAGAGCUAUUGUGGUUUAAGGCAGUGGAAAAGAUUUCCCGACCUUUUCAUAUGUCUAUGAAAAAUUCAGAGGGAAUGACACCCAGAGAAGUAUUCAAUAAGACACAUAGAGAAUUACUUAAAGUAGGUGAAGAAGCAAUGAAGGAGACAGCCAAUUCAUGUAUGCUUGUGGCAACACUCAUUUCUACAGUGGUCUUCGCUGCAGCUCUCACUGUUCCUGGUGCCAGCAAUAAAAUAUCAAAUACUCCUUUUUUUAGCAAAGAGCAGUGGUUUAUGAUUUUUAUCCUUUCAAAUGCAGUUUCACUCUUCACCUCUGCAGCAUCAAUAGUGUUGUUACUGUCCAUUCUCACUUCAAGCUAUGCACAAAAUGAGUUUGUGUAUUCAUUGCAUGCAAGAUUGAUGUUCGGACUCACAACACUCUUCAUCUCUAUUACGACCAUGGUAUUAGCCUUUAUUGCUGCCAUCUUUUUGAUCUUUAACUACAAGUUGGAAUGGGUUCCAUAUGCCAUUGCUUCACUUGCCUGUGCUCCCGUGAUUUUGUUUCUUGUGUUACAUUCUAAUCUUUGGGCUGAUUUGAUCCGCUCAUAUUACUGGUCCAAGUUUUUAUUCCAGCCAAGCAAAUACCGAAUUUUCGAGUUAGAAUUUUGAAUUUUAAGAGUACUUAUAGUACUAUAUUUUGUGAUUCCCAAUUGUAUCAUUCCAUUAGUUGUGUAAUACUUGUAUUGAGCAAUAUGCAUGGACUACGUUAAUUUCUUUCCUCAA